UGUUUCAGGUUGGGAAGGAAACUGUUCAGACGACUGAUGAUCAGAUAAUGAAGAGAGACAUGCCACCUGCAUUCAUCAAAGUAGAAAAUGCUUGUGCUAAGCUUGUCCAGGCUGCUCAAAUGCUGCAUGCAGAUCCAUAUUCUGUGCCAGCUCGUGAUUACCUUAUUGAUGGUUCUCGUGGAAUCCUCUCGGGCACCUCAGAUCUGCUUCUGACAUUUGAUGAGGCUGAGGUGAGGAAAAUAAUCCGAGUGUGUAAAGGUAUUCUGGAGUACCUGGCUGUUGCAGAGGUGGUUGAAAGCAUGGAAGACCUGGUGACAUACACCAAGAAUUUGGGACCAGGAAUGACCAAGAUGGCAAAAAUGAUUGAUGACCGUCAACAAGAGUUGACUCAUCAAGAACAUCGAGUUAUGCUUGUUAAUUCCAUGAACACAGUGAAAGAUCUGUUGCCAGUGCUGAUCUCCGCUAUGAAGAUCUUUGUAACAACUAAGAGCUCCCGUAGCCAAGGUGUAGAAGAAGCUCUCAAAAAUCGUAACUUUACAGUGGAUAAGAUGAGUACUGAGAUUAAUGAAAUAAUCAGGGUACUGCAGCUUACUUCAUGGGAUGAAGAUGCCUGGGCCAGCAAGGACACAGAGGCUAUGAAGAGGGCACUUGCACUCAUUGGCUCUAAAAUGAACCAGGCAAAAGGAUGGCUGAGAGACCCAAAUGCUCCCCCAGGUGAUGCUGGAGAACAAGCUGUACGUCAGAUUCUGGACGAGGCAGGGAAAGUCGGAGAGCUUUGUGCAGGCAAGGAGCGAAAGGACAUUUUGGGGACCUGCAAGGCUCUAGGUCAAAUAACCGAUCAAGUAGCUGAUCUAAGGGCGAGAGGCCAAGGAGCUACUCCGGCAGCAAUGCAGAAAGCACAGCAAGUAUCUCAGGGCUUGGACCUCCUGACAGCUAAAGUUGAAAAUGCCGCCCGUAAAUUGGAAGCUCUGACAAACUCUAAGCAGGCUAUUGGCAAAAAGAUUGACGCAGCUCAGAGCUGGCUUGCAGAUCCCAAUGGUGGUCCUGAAGGUGAGGAGACUAUUCGAGAUAUCCUAGCUGAAGCCAAGAGGAUUGCUGAGUUGUGUGAAGAUCCCAAGGACAGAGAGGACAUCUUGCGUUCCUUGGGGGAAAUAGCAGCACUUACUGGCAAGCUGAGUGAGCUCAGACGACAAGGGAAGGGAGACACACCAGAAGCUCGAGCUUUAGCGAAGCAGAUAGCAACGUCACUGCAGAAUCUGCAGACCAAGGUGAAUCGUGCCGUGGCCAACAGUCGCCCUGUGAAAGCAGCUGUAAAUAUGGAAGGGAAGGUAGAGCAGGCCCAGCGCUGGAUUGACAAUCCCUCUGUGGACGACCGUGGUGUGGGUCAGGCUGCCAUCCGUGGCCUAGUAGCUGAAGGACGUCGCCUGGCGAACUCUAUGAUGGGACCUUUCCGCCAAGAUAUGUUGGGAAAGUGCGACCGUGUAGAGCAGCUGGCGGGACAGCUUGCUGAGCUAGCAGCACGGGGUGAAGGGGACACACCACAGGCUCGAGUUGUGGCAGCUCAACUCCAGGAGGCAUUAAAGGAUCUGAAGGCCAAGAUGCAAGAAGCAAUGACUCAGGAAGUGUCUGAUGUCUUCAGUGAUACCACUACUCCUAUUAAACUUCUGGCUGUGGCAGCAACUUCACCACCUGAUGCUCCAAACAGGGAAGAGGUAUUUGAGGAGAGAUCUGCCAAUUUUGAGAACCAUGCUGCUCGUCUGGGAGCCACCGCAGAAAAAGCAGCAGCAGCAGGAUCGGCCAAUAAAGCCACUGUGGAAGGAAUACAAGCAACAGUAAAAACAGCCAGGGAGCUUACCCCACAGGUUGUCUCUGCUGCUCGAAUCCUGUUACGUAAUCCUGGAAACCAGGCUGCAUAUGAACACUUUGAAACCAUGAAAAAUCAGUGGAUAGAUAAUGUAGAAAAGAUGACAGGCCUUGUUGAUGAGGCCAUUGACACACGGGCACUGCUGGAUGCUUCUGAGGAAGCCAUUAAGAAAGAUAUUGACAAAUGCAAAGUGGCCAUGGCAAAUAUGCAACCCCAAAUGCUUGUUGCUGGAGCCACUAGCAUUGCUCGUCGGGCAAACCGUAUCCUGUUGGUGGCCAAAAGGGAGGUGGAGAACUCUGAAGAUCCAAAAUUCAGAGAGGCGGUGAAAAAUGCUUCAGAUGACCUAAGCAAGACCAUCUCUCCUAUGGUUCUGGAAGCCAAAGCUGUAGCUGGCAACAUCUCAGACCCAGCUUUACAGAAAGGCUUUUUGGACUCAGGCUACAGGAUUCUAGGAGCUGUUGCCAAAGUUAGGGAAGCAUUCCAGCCUCCAGAGCCAGAAUUCCCCCCUCCUCCCCCUGACUUGGAGCAUCUGCGGCUGACUGAUGAGGCUGCACCUCCCAAACCACCUCUUCCUGAGGGAGAGAUUCCACCACCCAGGCCCCCACCUCCUGAAGAGAAGGAUGAGGAGUUCCCUGAAAUGAAGGUUGGCGAGGUAGUCAAUCAACCAAUGAUGGUGGCUGCAAGACAGCUUCACGAAGAAGCACGCAAAUGGUCCAGCAAGGGUACAGAAGCCGUUGUGUCUGAGGUAGAGCAGGAGCGUGAGGAAGAGGAGGAGGAGGAGGAAGCGUCAGUAGAAUUUGUCCUCUCCUCUGACGUUUGA